AUGAAGCCUGUAAUUCUAUUGACGCUUAUUCUUGUUUGUGUGUAUCAGGUUUUCGGUGCAUCAAAAGUCUGUAAGACAUCAGAUGAUUGUGGUGGUGGAGAAUGUUGUGCUAUACGACCUCUACAUCCAAUAAUGAGUAGAAGAGCACUCAGCUUACAACUAGAAAAACAGAAAGAAGGACACUGUUUACAAUACCAAUCAGUGGGUUCAAGGUGUGAACCUUUAAGUCAAAUGAAUGGUUAUAGUUGUGGAUGUGCAAGAGAAUUAUAUUGUAAUUUCUACCCAGGUGUAAUGGGAAGACGCAAGCGAAAAUUAUCUUUUGGAAAACAUAUUUGUGAAGAGCACCCAAAAUCUAACUAA